AUGUCGACGUUUAAGGAUUCCUUCAAGCUUGGGGAAACAGAGGGACUUCCCACCCCCGCCAACGAUAAUUCCGCAGUUCACCCUCUCCCUGCCUCGUGGUAUUCUUCGCCAGAUAUGCAUGAACUUGAACGACGCGCUAUAUUCAGUCGGAAAUGGCUUCUGACUACACACAAGCUGCGUUUCCCUAAAACAGGCGACUGGCUCCGAUACGACAUCGCCGGGUACGCCUUUAUUUUGGUGAAGGAUCGUGAGGGAAAUGUCAAUGCUUUCCACAACGUCUGUCGACACCGUGCAUUCCCAGUGGUUACCGAAGAGGGUGGCACCUCUCGAAUUUUCUCUUGUCAAUACCACGGAUGGUCCUACGGCCUUAAUGGCAAACUUGCGAAAGCACCCGGCUAUCAAGAGCUAGAAGGUUUCGAUAAGAGCAAAAACGGCCUCCUCCCGAUCCACGUUCAUAUUGAUGUCAACGGUUUUGUUUGGGUCAACCUAGAUGCCGGCGAGAAGCCUGAGAUCUCGUGGGAAGAUGACUUCAAAGGUAUCGACUUACAGCCACGUUUCGAGGGGUUUGACUUCGAGGACUAUAAUUUCGACCACGCCUGGGAGAUGAGUGGAGAUUACAACUGGAAGAUCCUGGCAGACAACUACAACGAAUCCUACACUCCUUCGCUUUCUAACCUCAUCUCAUACGCCGUGGACACCAAAGACGGCAAAUCCACAUCCGAGGAGAUUUCCAAUGGGCUGAAGACUGCCAGCACUUACUAUUUCCCUAAUGCUGCUAUGACCGUUUCGCCGCACUUCUUCUUCAUGCAGCGACUUGUGCCUACGGGCCCCACCACAUGCUCAGUGCGCUAUGAAAUCUACCGCAACAAGAACUCUAGCGAUGACGAUUUUGAAAUGAUCAACCAAAUGUACAAGCGUAUGAUGUCCGAAAACAAAGAUCUCUGCGUUGAAACACAAAAGAAUCUGAACACAGGAGUCUCUGUGAAUGGUCAACUCCACCCGACGGAAGAGGGAUCGGUCGACUUCCAGACAGUCGUUCGUGGGCUGAUCGCGGAGCACCAUAAGCGGGAAGAGGAUACAGGGGAGCAGUUUUGGCCCGCACGACAAAGACUCCCCAAGGAAGAGGCAAAGAAAGAAGACCCGAUGUCCGGCCGAGAAACCUUCCUGCUCAAGCUGUGUCCGCUUAAAUCAGCCAUGCCUUUAUACUACAAUACCCAGAGGGUCCCGGGGAGGGCAAUAAAGCCACAAGAGACAGGAAAUGGAAACUCAGAAAAAUGCUAUCCUCUCACAACACGUCCACCAUCCAUUGAACCGAGCACAGUCAAUGACCCAUUCUUCCUCGGGUUUGGCUACGAGGACUCAACCUCUCACCCGUCAUCAUCUGCGAUCGCCAAAGCUAUUGAUCUUUAUUUUGAAUACUGUCAUCGACAACCAAUUUGGUGUUUUGACCGUGAAGAUGUCUCAGACCCCAGUUACCUGUCAGAGGAGCUCGUUUGUUGCCUCCUCGCCUUGACAUCACGAUUCUCAAGAGAUCGUGAUCAUUUACAACAUUAUGGGGAUAGUGCAAGAAGCCUAGUCAUGCUUCGUAUGGCUAACGGCACAGUGGAGCUUGAAACCAUUGAGAGUCUCUGUCUGCUCUCCUAUUCCUCAUUUCUAGAUGGAGAUAUACACCUCGGUCGCUUCCAUCUUGGUCUUGCUCUACAUCUUUGUAGGUCAGCAACGCUGGAUCUCGAGUCAAGUCAUGCCGGCGAAGGUCCCAUGACCGAGCGAAAGAAGCGUCUAUUCUGGAGUCUCCAAUGUCUGGAGCAGUCUUACGGGCAGCAAAAUGGGUUUCUCUGUAUACCAUCAGAAAUCAUGCGCACCUUCUAUGUUGCCUCCAGUGGCGACCGUGCAAAACAAGAUGGGACGGAGCCGAAGCCUCCACCGCUACCGAUAGAUGAUCUUGGUUGCUCGAAAUCAUCCGAUUUAGGGAUUUGGAGCUUAGCAGCCCACUUUGGUUGGGUCUGGAGCAGAGUGCGAACAUAUGUCUCCGAUUGUGCUCGGAAUAGGCUCAAAGAACCCUGGCGACACGAUUCCAUGUACGCCAUGGUGCUCUCCGACCUUACAGAAAUUGAGAACAAGCUUUCCCAGUGUCAUCGAUAUGACUCGGUCAAAUUCUACGAGCGAACAGCAGAGGAGCUGAGAUCGAGCCGAAACUACUGGACCCCAUGGCUGAAGCUACAGUUCACUUAUCACUGCAUUUUGACUGUUCUGAACCAUCCUUUUCUCUACAUUGUGGCAUCACAAUACAACGACAAUCUGGCAAUCCCGAACGCUUUCUGGAGACGGUCAUCCGAGUUGGUCUUACUACACGCUACGUGGCUUGUUCGCAUGAUAGACAUGGUAUCGGAGAAGAAGAUGCGACUGAUUGAUCCGUUCUUCGGACACGCUGCCGCCAUUGCAGCUACCGUGCAUCUGUACUAUUGCUGUGCUGCGGAUCCCCGACUAAAGUACAAAUCCAAGGUUGAUUUCACAAAAUGCCGAAGGUUCCUGAAGAGCUUUGUGUCCUUUUCGCCUGCUUGUGGAAUCUUGGAUCAAACGCUGGACAAGAUGACUCGAAUUGCUUCCGGUUCAGAAAACAUCGACCAUGAUUGGGAGCCCGCGAAGAUUCAUCUCAGUAUACCUUUGAUGUGGGAUGUUCUUCAAGUCAACUGUAAACCCAAGCCACACGAAGUGUCCACGGGCGGCUUGUUGCAUCCAUCUUUGACCCCGACAGUCUCUACAGAGGAGGCGGAGGAUAGCCCAGCCUCGACUCUAGAGGUUAUUGUUGCAAUGUCCCCAAAUAUCACAGUGAACACUGCGGAUGGCGGUCAAGCUGCUCACAUUCCACCAACCAUGCCGCGCAUAUCUUCCACACCAACUUCUUCUGAUCUCGACCUUGGUGAGAAACUCGUGGCGCCUGCCGACAGUUUAAUGACCAAUACCCCCUGGCUAUGGACGGAUCCCUCGCAAUUUGUUGAUAUGGAGAACAAUGUGGGAUACCCGGAUUCCGAAUCCACCCUCGGAAACAUUGAUGGAUUUUCCACUUGGUGGGACUUUGGAAACUUAUAG